AUGUGGGAUCGCACUUUUACGCCUCACGACGUCGGCGGUGGUUCGAUCCACUCCUCGCUGAGCUCGAGCGACAGCGGAAGCACGGAAACGCUGCGGCGAUGGUUGGCGGAGGAGGACAUCCAGCUGGUCGAGGCCGACCUGAACGAGCGGGAUCGGCAGCGACAAGAAAAGAAGCUGCAAAGACAACAACAACAGCAACCACAGCGGCAGCAGCAACGCGUUGUAGAGGAACCGAUUCACAACACUACCACCUCUUCAUCAUCAUCGCGGGUCCCUGGACAUGCGAUCAACGCGAUGCCGGAGACGGGGAUCAUGAGUUCGGCGUUUGGCGGCGGCGGCCAGGUGAGCCUCUUCGACACGAGCUGCAUCGGGGUCUACCACGGCGGCGGCGGCGGCGGGAGCAGCAGCCCGGCGUCUGCGCUCUCCUCGGCGGCGGAUGCCUACGGCCACUGCGAUCGCAGCGGCUCGGAGAGCAGCGGAGAGUGGAGCCUUCCGGCCGCGUCGCGCUAUCGGCCCGAUGAGGCGGCGUCGCAUCGCGGAGAUCGACAGCCCCAGCGCCUCAUGGCGUACUCUUCGCACCCGCCUGAGCUGUCGGCCUUCGACGCAGCACCGCCCGCAUCGUCCAACGCCGGCUUCUUCACCAACACAACGGCCGGGUUUUUUAACUCCUAUUCCACCACCACCACCACCACCACCAAUCUCGCCUCACAAGCGCCAGUGCCGGCGCACAACACGUCCGCGGCUGAGCCGCUGAACGGUGGAUCACCGUCUCGGAGACAAAAGGAGGAGUGGGAGCUGUUCCUCAACGACAGCUUCGACGAGAUGGUGGACGAUGGGAAACAACCAACACAGCCGCAGACCACGCGCACGACAGCGAGGUCGUGGCUCGAAGGAGCCCACUUCAACAACAUGUGCCUGGCCAUAACCUACCGUGAUGUCUACGCCAAGUUCUUCUGGAGCAUUUCACCGUUGGCCCCGGCGGCGAUGACCGAGGAGAUGGUCCGCUUCGCUCUGACGUCGCCCGAUGAAGCUAGAGAGGACUACCCGCUCACUCUAAAUGUCUACGUGUGCCUUUUGAUUGGAGCGACGCACAGCGGCAAUGUCGAGAUGGCGAAGCAGAUGACCGAGAGAGCCCGAUGGACCCUCAGCGAAGUCUUCGACAAUCCCGACUACAACGUGGCGCAGGCACUCUACGUCCUAGCACUACAUGUGCUCUAUUACGAGUGUGACAUAAAUAAGUGUGGGUACUACAUGUCUCUCUCGGCCAACAUCUGCCGAAGCGUCGCUAUGCUCAACAGUGACACUUUCCUGCGAUGCAUCUACGGUGCGACGUUCUUACCCUCCACCACCGCCAAAGAGCUCAUCCACCUCCGACGCGAAUACUUGCACGCCCGGCGGUUGCCGUAUUGCCGAGUGUCGCUUCCUUUCGAGUCUCUCGAGCGCGCCGGCUUGCCCAUGAUCAGCGCCGUCGACAGGGGCAACUCAGUUGGCAUGCUGUUGCUGAAUGUGAUGGCCGGCUUGUCGAUCUACAAGGCCCGAGCGGCGGCCCAGCCCGCUGCCCGCGGCGAGGCCGGGCGCCGCCAUCUCUUCCCUCUGCUGCGCGCCCUAGGUACGCUCGAGGCCGACCUGCAGGCUGAAGCCGAAGCCGAAGCCGAGAGCGAAGGUGCCUGCGCAGGCGGGCACGCACGCAUCGCAUCGGGCAGUCCGCCGGCGAUGGCUAGCGACGAUAGCAGUGAGGCCGAGGACGAGUAUGUCAUGGGGGAGGAUAGCCGCUUGCCCUACAUGCAGCGGGUGUCGUUCCUCAUGUGCGUCAAGGCCCUGGAGGCCGACUGCGCCAGGUGCCUCGACCGGCCCGACCUCUCGGCGCACGCCGCGUCCGGCUUCCUGCAGAUCGCCAAGCGCAACGCCCACUUCAUGCAGUACAUGUACUGCGGCAUGCAGCCCAUGGUCACCGCCGCCGUCGAGGCGCUGAUGGAGACUCGGCAGUGGUGCGACCUGAAGGAACUGCUGGAGGUGACCCAACCGCUGGCCACCACAUACCCGCUCGUAUGCGGCCUGUACGCCGGCUACGCCCAGGCGCUCGAAGGCCUCCCCAAGCCCCUCGCCAACGAGCGCCCACCGACGCCGCCCGUCGUUGCUGCGCAGGGUCUGAGCGAACGCCUGCACGAGAUCGCGCUGGUUGACGAACCGACGACGAAAGACGCGGGCGUGAGGCGAACGUCAGAGAAGCGACGCAGAGACGAGCUGACGAUAGUCGUCGCCCCGCCCGCGUUCACCUCCCUCCCCACUCCCUCCUCCGCCGGCUCUCGGAGCUCGACUUCGCCGAGCUCGCCCGCCACGUCGUCCUCGCUCACGCUGACGUCGUCAACACCUUUUGGUCGUCACGACCGAUCUCUUCACUCGCUUCCCACUCUGCCCACGCCGGCCCCGAUCAGUUCGUCCCGUGGGCCGGUCUACCCCGUCACCACGACCCGGCCCUACGCUCACGGCUCGGCGGCGGCGCACUAUGCAGGCGCUGUAAUGGCGGACCACCCUCUCGCCAGCACCCGCCUGCAGCACAGCGACUACCACUACUACCACGCCCCGCAGCACCUGCCUCAUCAGUACCACCUGCCGCAGGCAGACGGUGGCCCAACCGCCCCAGGCCUGGGCGCCGUCGCCGAUGCCGCCAGUCCCGGAGCCGCUCACCUCGUCGGCGGCGAUGUACGGCGAGCAGCUCCUUCCACCCCGCCUCUCGACGCAGCGGUCAACACCACCGUCGCGGCCGACCUUGGCUUCGGCGUCGCCCUUCUUCCCCGACUCUGCUCGGCCCGCGGCGCCACCACACCGAUCUCUGCUGCAGCCCACUCCGCACACACUCUUUCUCUCUCCAUCUUCUUCAACUUCAACGUCGACUUCAACUUCUACUUCAUCAUCAUCACCAUCAACCUCCACUUCAACAUCAUCAACUUCACCGCCGUCGCUCACGUCGGCAUCGGCGACAGCCAAGACGGCGAAGACCACCACUUCUCAGCCACCGAGGGCGGCGGAGAGGGGUACGCCGUCAUCGCUGCCUUCACCAACGCCCCGAAGAAGAGGGCGAAGGGCUACAAGUGGCACAAGUUCGCGGCGGUGGACGGCGAGCAAGACCUGGUUCAGUUCAAGGAGUCCGCCGCCCGACCACGCCGGCCGCGAAACAAGAAACCCGGCGGCGCUGCCCCGACCAAGUGA